GUCUCCCGCACGCUCUCCUGACUCGGCUCGGCUGCCAUCAGAGAAAUACCACUACCAUCUUUUCCUUUUCAUUUUUUCUUACCAUCAAAUUCUGCGCUCUCUAAUCUCUAAGGAAACAAAAUCCAAAUCUUUUCAUUGUUCAAAACUCAAUCCAUUUCCUUUUAAAAUUAUACAUUUUCUCUUUGAUGAUAUAUUUCCAGAAUUUUUAUUUUGUUUACUUUAACAUCAAGCAAGAAUUUUCACUAUCCCAACUUUUCUUUUCCUUCAAAAGGAAUCUCAUAGUAAAAGUAACCUCACUGUAAAACCUUCAUCUUUAAGCUGGUUUUAAUUUAUUGUCUUUAAUAAAUAUAUCUUUUAUUACCCAGAAAUCUUUAACAUGUCGAGUAGACUAAGGGAUAGAACUUCUUGCCAACCCAAACUACACAACCAUCAUUACCAAGUAACCACAAAAACGGCCGUGGCGAUGCCUAACUACUUCACUGAGACGCUGACCUGUCCACUCACUGAGUUGGCAACGAAUUUAUCAGAUUCGGAGCUCCGAGAGACAGCUUACGAGAUUCUGGUCGGAGCCUGUCGGAGUUCCGGCGUGAAGCCAUUGACUUUCAUAUCGCAUUCCGAGAAAAAUUCGGGAAGGGCGCCGGAGUUGACGUCGACGGCGUCGUUACAGAGGUCUUUGUCUUCGACGGCGGCGAGUAAUGUGAAAAAGGCUUUAGGAUUGAAAUCGUCUCGGAAGAGGCAUGUGAGUGGUGAGUCGGACUCGGAACGAGUCAAAAAAGCGGUUACUAUUGGGGAGAUGUUGAGGGUUCAGAUGAGAGUUUCAGAGCAAAUCGAUUCCAGGGUUAGAAGAGCUCUCUUGAGAGUUGCUGCUUCUCAGCUUGGAAAACGGAUAGAGUCAAUAGUGUUGCCAGUUGAGAUGUUGCAGCAACUCAAGCCUUCGGAUUUUCCGAAUCAAUGGGAAUAUGACGCUUGGCAGAGGAGGAAUUUGAAGCUUCUUGAAGCUGGACUCCUUUUACAUCCUCUCUUGCCCCUAGAUAAAACCGAUACUGCUGCACAGCAACUGCGACAGAUCAUUCGUGGGGCCUUGGAGAAACCUUUGGAGACCGGCAAAAACAACGAAUCGAUGCAAGCUCUUCGGAGCAUUGCUUUGUCUCUUGCUUGUAGAACCUUUGAUGGGUCUGUUUCUGAGACCAGCCACUGGGCAGAUGGAUUCCCGUUGAAUCUCAGAAUAUACCGAAUGCUUUUAGAGGCUUGUUUUGAUGUUAAUGAUGAAAUCUCUGUUAUUGAAGAGGUCGAUGAGGUUCUGGAACUUGUGAAGAAGACAUGGGUAGUCCUUGGAAUGAACCAGAUGCUGCAUGAUCUUUGUUUCUUGUGGAUAUUGUUUAACCGAUAUGUGGUAACUGGCCAAGUGGAAAGCGAUCUGUUGUUUGCUGCUAAUAAUCUGUUAAUGGAAGUUGAAAAGGAUGCAAAGGCAAUGACAGAUCCUGAUUAUUCAAAGAUAAUAAGCUCUACUUUGGGCACAAUUCUAGGCUGGGCUGAGAAAAGGCUACUUGCCUACCACAAUUAUUUUCACAGUGAUAACACUGAGACAAUGGAAUGUGUUGUUUCUAUGGCGGUUCUAUCAGCAAAGAUAAUGGUAGAAGAUAUCUCUCACGAGUAUCAUAGGAAAAGAAAGGAAAUUGACUUGGCUCGUGAGAGAGUUGAUAAUUACAUAAGAUCAUCAUUGCACGUGGCUUUUGUUCAGAUAAUGGAGAAGGUGAAGUCCAGCAAACGUUCUUCUAAGAACCAACAAAACCAGUUUCCUUUCCUUUCCAUCCUCGCACAGGGUGUCAGUACACUGGCUUUUAGUGAAAAGGCAAUUUUUAGUCCUCUAUUAAAGAGAUGGCAUCCUUUUGCAGCUGGUGUAGCUGUGGCCACUCUUCAUUCCUGCUAUGGAAAUGAGCUGAAGCAGUUUGUUUCUGGCAUUGGUGAUUUGACACCAGAUAUACUACAAGUGUUGAGAGCUGCUGACAAAUUGGAGAAAGAUCUGGUGCAAAUUGCAGUUGAAAAUUCAGUGGAUAGUGAAGAUGGUGGAAAGUCGAUUAUAAGGGAGAUGCCUCCUUAUGAGGCUGAAUCCGUGAUUUCCAAUCUAGUGAAAUCAUGGAUAACGACUAGAUUAGACAGACUGAAGGAAUGGGUUGACAGGAAUCUGCAACGAGAGGUAUGGGAUCCACGAACAAAUAAAGAGAAUUUUGCUCCCUCUGCUGUUGAAGUUUUACGAAUUGUAGAUGAAGCAUUAGAAGCAUUCUUUUUGUUGCCAAUAUCUAUGCAUGCUGUAUUGCUUCCCGAUUUAACCACUGGUAUUGACAGAUGUAUUCUACAUUAUAUAUCAAAGGCAAAGUCUGGCUGUGGGUCCCAAAAUACUUUUGUUCCCUCAAUGCCUGUUUUGACCAGAUGUUCAACACGCUCAAAGUUUGUUGGUGUUUUUAAGAGAAAAGAGAAGUUUCAAAUAGCACAGGGUAGGAAAUCUCAGGUUGGAACAACAAAUAGCAAUGGCUCCUUGGGGAUAUCCCAGCUGUGCUGUCGUAUUAAUACUCUGCAGCAUUUUCGAAUGGAGUUGGUUGUUUUGGCAAAAAGGGCAAUUUCCCAUGUUAGAAAUUCCGAAUCAGCUCAUAUGGACAAUAUUGCUGAUGGGAUGGGGAAAGCAUUUGAACUUUCAACUACUGCUUGUGUGGAAGGGAUAAAACAAUUGUGUGAGAUAACUGCAUAUAAGAUUGUUUUCCAUGAUCUAAGUCAUGUCCUUUGGGAUGGCUUGUAUGUUGGGGAAGUUUCGUCCUCUAGGAUUGAACCUUUUCUUCAGGAGCUUGAGCAGUAUUUGGAGGUUAUCUCAUUAACCGUGCAUUACAGAGUCAGAACACGAGUUAUUACUGAAGUAAUGAAAGCUUCUUUUGAUGGUCUCUUGCUGGUUUUACUCGCUGGAGGCCCCCCUCGUGCUUUCCAUUUGCAAGAUUAUGAAACAAUAGCUGAUGAUUUCAAGUCCUUGUGUGAUUUAUUUUGGUCCAAUGGCGAUGGACUUCCAGCUGAUUUAAUACAGAAGUUUUCGACCACUGUUAAUGCCAUCCUCCCACUAUUUCAUACUGAUACUGACAGCCUAAUUGAACAAUUCCAAUAUAUGACCCUAGAGACUUAUGGCAGUUCUGCUAAAUCCAAGCUUCCGUUGCCACCAACUACCGGCCAAUGGAAUCCAACAGAGCCUAACACACUCUUGCGUGUUUUGUGUUAUCGAAGUGAUGAGACUGCAGCUAAGUUCCUUAAGAAAACUUACAACUUGCCCAAGAAACUCUAACAGCUCUUUUACUGGUGAAAAGAAGAGUGAAAUGAUGCACUUCUUAGGCAUACACUGCUUGAGGUAAUUGAUAUAGCUUUCCAAGUUUGUCAAGCCAUAGGCAUUACAUCUCGAGCAAGUUAUACCCCUUAGGAAACUCUGACUCCCGUAGUUCUCUUGCUUGGAUUCUAUUGGUUUAAGACCUUAACCCAGUGUAGGGAGAACUUGUGAAAAGAAUAUAAUUCUGAUGCCUGGUAAGGAUGAAGAUUCUGGGUUUUCCAUCAUCAUCAUCAUCUGCUUCACAUGGAAUUGAGAUGAAACAUUAGAAGGCAUUUAGUGGAAAAACAGUGAGUGUGGGGUUCUUGCAGGAUAUUUGUAUAGAAAGGUUUGGAAAAUAUUGAAAGCUUUAUGUUCUGCAUCAGUGAGUUGGUAUGGAAAAUAGUAUUGCUUGUCAAAUAAAAUGACUUUUGCCCCCAAUUUACUCGGA